AUGUACACACAGAGGGUGACUCCCACACUCCCAGUCAGCUCAGUCACCACGGCCCCACUGACCAAUCACAGCCCAUGCACGGCAUCACCAUGGUCACGCCAUGGACAUGCCCACAUCUGCUCCUGUUACAGUGAGGUGAUGCAGGCCCUGCAGUCGGAGGUGUCCCAGCUGAGGAGAGACCUGGAGGUAGGUCUGGUCCAGCUGCCUCACCUCUCCCAGAGGAUGGACUACUUGACCUCCAGAUACAGACAGGACAGACAGGACAAGAUGCUCAAGACCAGGCCCAGGACAUCCCACAGUCCCACAGGGAGCAGACAGUCUGACCAACACCAACUCCAAGAAAGAAGACUGGAUCUCCUCAGACACGGACCACAGCAAGAGCAAAGCAUCAGAGGAGAACUGUUCUCUGGAGACUCCAGUCCUCUGGCCCUCCAGUCCUCCGGCCCUCCGGUCCUCCGGCACUCCGGCACUCAUACAAGAACCCCAGAUCUCCAGGGAAGGACCAGCAACCAGCCCACUCCUGUCCAUCCUCUACAGAAGCCAUCAUCGGCUCCUCCUGUAGAUUACCCGCUGGUUUCUGUCUCACACCACGGGAGGAGCUCCACCCAGUCAGACUCAGCUCUACUGUCCAGCGGUAACUUCCCCCCCCAGCUCUCCCCCCCCCAGGACCGGAGGCAGAGCAAGCAGGCACAGGGCCAACAAGACAUAACAUUAUCCGUGUUCCAAGUGACCACAAAAAGUAUGACAGUGCAAUGGAGUCGUUACUCUGGCGCCAGCUCCUACAAAAUCACUGCCACACCAAAAAACUCUCCUCAACCGUCCGCCUUCGCCCAGUUCAGCGGGAAAUCCGUCAUUGGCUCCGUUAACUCUCUCUCCGCCAAUACAGUGUACACUAUGCGGGUCGAUGCCAUGGACAAAGCGGGCAACGUCCUGAGCAGUGCAGAGUUGGAGGGGAGCUCAGCCCCCGAGGUACCUACCAUUGAGCAGGCCUACUCCAAGCAGAGCGACAGCAUCACUGUGCAGUUCAGUGAGGUGAUGGGGGCGAGUGGCUACAUCCUGCGAGCCGAGUCUGAGGUGGGAGACUUCUUCUCAGAGACCAUGGUGACCAGCUCCCCCGGCACCGUGCUGCAGCUGCAGCCAUACACUGACUACACCCUCAGCGUCAUGUCUGUCAACAGUGCGGGACGCAGCCAGCCCUCAUUACCCGUCCAGAUCAGAACAGUGGUGAUGGCCCCACAGCUCAACUCCACCUCUCCCAGUAAUGACACCAUCCUGGUGACCUGGUCUCCGGUCGACCACGCCGUCCUCUACACCCUCUGCAUCAUCAGGGAGGGCUCCAACUCUCGCCUCAAACUCAACACCAGCGACCCCUUCAUGACCUUUGAUGACCUGGAGCCUGGCACCAUCUACUGCAUCAAGGGCACAGCCUGGGACCUGGACGGUCGCCCCGGAGACGACCUCACCGUGUGUCAGAUCACCCGUCCUCUCAGCCCUGAGGCCAUCCAGCUGUUCUUCACCCAGAGCAGGUCUGUGGGGUUGGCAGUCUCCUGGCAGAUGGUGCGUGGGGCAGACGUCUACUUGGCCAGGACUUCUACUGGUCAGAACUGCUCUGCCUCAAAGAUGUUCUGUACCAUCAUCCCGCUGAGCUGCGGUCAGAACCACAGUGUGACUGUUACUGCCGAGAACAGCGCUGGACCCAGCAACCCCUCUGACCCUGAGGAAUUCAUCACAUUCCCGUGCCCUCUGGAGCGUAUCUGGGUAGAGGAGCGCCAGGCGGGCAGCUGCUGGAUAACGUGGACUGAGAUGCCCCUGGUGGAGAACUACAUUGCCUUUAUCAAGAGAGACGAUGGGUCUGAAGAGCGUUGUAACACAACUGACACCACCUGUCACUUCCACUGCAUGUGUGGCUACACCUACCUCAUCACCAUGUUCAGCUACAACCUGGCUGGCUCCAGUCCACAGGGAGAAGUGUUCAACUAUACGACCGUUCCCUGUUGCCCAGAGGAUAUUACCAUAGCACUGGUUUCCACGGAGACCCUGGAGAUCAUGUGGUUGUCGGUGCGGGGGGCGGAGCUAUACGAGACGACGGCGGAGGAGAUUGAUGAUGUCAUCCACUGUAAGGACACAGCGCCUGUGUGUGCUCUGUCCGACCUGCGCUGUAACACACAGUACAGUGUGGUGGUGACACCAUGCAGCGAGAUACGAGGCUGCAACCGCACCUGCAAACCUCACACACAUGAGACAGCUCCCUGUUCUCCAGAGAUCCUGAGUGUGUCUCAGAACAACUCAUCCUCGAGUGUCAGUGUCCUGUAUACUGCCCCUAACACCCCCAACACCACCUACACUGUCACAGCCGUGAGCCACACAGACACACUCACCUGUCAAUCACGCUCCACCUCUUGCCAGCUCACACAGCUGCCCUGCGGAGUCACCUAUGAUGUCACAGCGUACGCCAGGACAGCAGUGGGGACAAGCCUGCCCAGCUAUAGCGUGCCCCUGGAAACAGGUCCCUGCUGCCCCCCCACCCUGACAGUAGACCAGGUGACCCAGGCCAUGACCAACGUCACCUGGUCCCCCGCUACAGGGGCGCGCUCCUAUGUCACAGCGCUGACUUCAUCGCGGGGACACGCCAAGUGCCACACCAUGGACACACACUGCCUGAUGGGAUGCAUCACCUGCGGUACCAACUACAGCGUGAGCAUGGAGGCCAUCAGCAGGACAGGCCACAAGGCAGAAUGCAACUAUCAUGGCUUCUCAUCCAGCGCCUGUUGUCCAUCGAGUGUCAAACUCUACCAGAUGGCCAACAACUCUCUGAGGGCAUACUGGCGCUCCUCGGGCCCCCAGAACCACACGGUGGACCUGAUUGGGACAGGCACCAAUCACACCUGCGUCCCCUCGCCCCUCAGCAGCUCCUGUGAAGUGACGAAUGUCAUAUGUGGGGACAUCUACACCAUGGUGGUGGCACCUGUCAAUCAGGACGGGAGCAAAGUCACAUUCUGUCCCCGCAGGAUCUACUCUGUGUCCUGCUCCGGAAGCAAUGUAGGAAUGGUGAUCUAUCGGGGAAAGAGAAGUGUCGAUUAGAGGUAAUCCCCUGGAAAGACACGAAAUUGCAUCCACUAAUAUCAACGUCUGUCACGUCUGUCAAGAAAUCAGCUGAAAUGUCACUCUUUUUAUUCAGUACCUCUCCUUUGAUUCUAACUUCAUCUAUCUAUGCUUUUUGGGAUCAACAUGUGUCCUAAUGUCAAACCAUCAUUAAGUUAAUUAUUAAAGGUGUGUUAUCUUCAGUGUAUACCUGAAAAAGACUUGAUGCCAUUUUAUAUGACUGUAAAGAGACAUGCAAGCUUGUGAAUUAUACAUUCUAAUCUCUACAAUCAAAAC